AUGUCAUCGAGGGUGCGUUGGUUUGCCUUGGUCCUGGCGCUGCAAGGGCUACCACUGACUGCAGAGCUGUGUGAUGGGCUUCAGUGCGAGGCCAUGGUUGUGAAGGUGUGUUCUAGGGUGGAGUCUGCUGUUUCUUGCACAGCUUUGUGGCGGUCAUUCCUUUCGCUGAUGGACCUCCACACUGCCGCUCCAAGCUCCGAGAUGCGCUGGCGGCAUCUGGCACACCGUGCCCAAAUGCUCAGCAAGUCGAUGCUGCGACCGGAAUGCUGGGUGAGCCUUCCCGACCAUAGCACACUGGAGGUCGAAGUUGCUGGGCGGCCAAAGUGCCUCAGCUCGCUUUGCUUGUUAGACAGCAGCUGCCACGAGCGCCACAUGGUCAACGAGCUGCUGACUCUCGCUAAGCAGAUCGAUCCCAGCUCGGCCUCCGCCCUCUUCGAAGCUACCAAGGAUCUUUUUGCUUGGCGAGACUUCCACCAAACGCCCAUGCUCUUCUACCCCACCCUUCGGCGACAGGUGUGGUAUGGUGAGGAGGACUACCCUCAGUUGGUGCAAGAUAUGCGCCACCACUUCUCGGCCAUCAAGGCGGAGUUUCUAGAAUCCUACAGCCAGCGGGGUGGAAAGCUGACUCUGGAGGAGCAGGAGUACAGCGGCAGGGAAGGAUGGUGGUGCUGGGACGUAUGGUCUGCUGUGGAUGGCUGGGUUCAGGAACGUUGCAGGCUGAUGCCGACACUUUGCAAUGUGCUUCGAGCCCACAUUCCCUAUGCGAAGUCCUCGAAGCUGGCGGCCUAUCUUCAAGAAGAGGUUGCUCUCUUCGGUCUCCCUCCCGGCGAGAAAUUCUUCGCGCUGCAUAACGAUGGGACCAAUGCUCGAGUCGCUUUGCUGAUGCCGCUUACUGGCGGGAGGUGGAGCUCCCUGGUCGUGCGCGGGGAGAAGCGGGACUUCCACGAAGAUGGGGCAGUUCUCGGCUUUGACGCCUCCUACGACCACAUGGCAACGUAUGACCCUCCUCCCGGGGGAGACGAACGCUGGGUGCUCUCGAUUGCCUUGUCGCACACCGACUUCGAUGCGCACUUCUCUCAGGGGCUUCUCCAGUCGCCGCCACCUAGUGUGGAGCUCCUGGCGGACCCCCACAGGUGGCGCCAGACACCUGCUGCUGUAGAGGCGGAGGUCAAUGUUUGGGCCAAGCUUGUGCCGAAAAGCUCUGAUGGCCUCAACGUUGCACUGCUUGGAUCCAUGACCAACCUUGCUGCGCCGUUGCUCCGCGCUGGGGCUUUCGUGGCGGCGUUCUGUGAUCGUUGCGAAAUCCAAGGGCCGCAGCUGCACCGACAGCUCGUUGGUGACGGUGGGUCCUCAGCUGUGAGCAAAGCGGCCUUGGAGCGGCUCGUGUUGGUGCCACGCACGAAGCUGGCGGAUGCUUUCGCCCCACGGCGUGAAUGA